AUGACAGCUGCAGGAAAGCUGUUGCUCACCAUCGGAACCCUCGUGUUCUUCCACGCGGCCUACUCGACAUAUGAGCAUCUGUCUCUGAGGAAGGCGUUAGGCCUUGUUGGUGCCGAGGCCAACACGAUGCCGCUCGACAUCACGCUCGAGACGCUAGUCUCGUUCGUUGUCAUCCUGCUCGGCAUCGCGUUCACAGCUGCACCACUCAAGAACGUGACAUGGGCAAGCGAGAUGCGCACAAAAACGAUCGACGAAGUCGACUCACGCUCCAGCUUCGCCACACUCACACAUCGAGGCCAAGUCCUUUUCGACAGGGAGUGA